AGGGUACGUAACCCAAGCUUACAAUACACAUCCUCCUCAUCUCUCUCUCUCUUCAGUCUUCACUCAUCUCCGCCACCGGCCACCACCAUGGGAAGAACACCAUGUUGUUCAAAGGUGGGUUUACACAGAGGUGCAUGGUCCUCUGAGGAAGACAAACUCCUCAUCAAUCACAUUCAAACUCAUGGUGAAGGUCAAUGGCGAUCAUUACCUUCUAAAGCUGGGUUACUUAGAUGCGGAAAGAGUUGUAGGUUGCGAUGGAUGAAUUAUCUUCGUCCGGGUAUCAAGAGAGGAAACUUCACCUCCGAAGAGAACGACAUCAUAAUCCGGCUACGGUCCGUACAUGGUAACCGCUGGUCCCUCAUCGCCACCGAGCUUCCUGGUCGAACCGAUAACGAAAUCAAGAACCACUGGAACGCUCACCUCCGGAAAGGGAUUGAAACCACGGGCACCCACCACAACAAACCAUCAAAAACCAAAAAUGUGAAAAAGAAGAAAAAAAUGGACGAUCAGAAGAAAACAGAAACCACAAGUCAAGAAAAGUCAACAAAAGUCAAAGUUCAUGAUUCUGAUCCUACUUCUUCCUCUUCGGUGUCAUCUUCAACCUCAAGCAAGAAUGAGAGUGGUGCAUCAUCUACUUGUACAUUUGACUUUGAAGAUGCUGACUUUGACUUUGCAUGGUCAAACUGGACGCAAUUUUUGGAGGUAGAAGGUACAAGCACAAUGAUCAACGGUCAGGAAGAUGAGUGUUUCCUAAUGGACGAUGGAAAUAUAAUUAUUGCAAAAGAUGAUGAAAGUUUGAUGUUUGAGAGUCUUUAUGAUGAAUAUCUUAAUCUUCUCAAUAAUCAAGAGGAUGUGGAUGAGGGUAACUAAGUAAUUAAAAUAAUUAGUGAGUUUUAACUUUUA